CUCUGUGUUUCCACUCACUCGACGUUUCCUAUGAAAAGGAGUUUUGCUUCAGUUGAAGCGUAAAUUUACGUUUUUUUGUACGUGUAUAUUUAAUAUACUUCACCUGAAUGCGGUCCAUUAAAAAGUUAAAUUAAGUGACGAAAUAGCUAAAUACAAGAUUGUCGACUUUUCGCUUGCUGGCCAGCUCCGCCAGCGGAGUCUAUAACGUCAAGAUGGACCAGGCAGCGAGCCGAUACCAAGUGUUUGAGAAUGAUGAAGACGACUCCUGUGAGCCCUCCACCAGCGCCCAGCAGCCGUGCACCUCGGCCCAGGCCAGCUCGUCCUCCCAGGCCUGCCCAGUCCCAGUAGCCCUGGAGGGGGAUGCAGAGGCCCCACCUCCCCCGUAUGCCAGCAUCGCCCUGGGAGACACCUCUUCCAUGCCUGUAGGGAGCAGUUGUUACCCAAGUGAUUUCCCCGUGCCGCCCCCAUACAGCGUGGCCACCUCUCUUCCCACCUACGAUGAGGCAGAGAAAGCCAAAGCGGCAGCAAUGGUGCUCUCUGCUGUGGAGGUGAUACCAGGGGAGGAUGACUUCCCUCCAAGGGAUGACUUCAGCGACGUCGACCAGCUGAGGGUGGGGAACGACGGCAUUUUCAUGCUGGCCUUUUUCAUGGCCUUCCUGUUCAAUUGGAUUGGGUUCUGCCUGUCAUUCUGCCUGACCAACACCAUCGCUGGCCGAUACGGGGCCAUCUGCGGCUUUGGCCUCUCUCUCAUCAAGUGGAUUCUCAUCGUCAGGUUCUCAGACUACUUUACUGGAUACUUCAAUGGGCAGUACUGGCUCUGGUGGAUUUUCCUGGUCCUCGGUCUCCUGCUUUUCUUCAGAGGGUUCGUGAACUACCUGAAAGUGCGCAACAUGUCUGAAAGCAUGGCUGCCUCGCACAGAACACGCUUCUUCUUCCUGUACUGAGGUUGUUGCACCAAACAUUCCUCCUUAAUGUGAAAUUCCUUGAGGAUUUGCGACCCUCUUCUCGAAUGACCAGGACAAAAAAAAUAUAUA